AUGGAGGUCGCGACGCCCGAGUCGGUGAGGAAGCUCAAGAAGCGGCUUUUCAUGAACGAGUCGCUGAUGUCAGAGAGCGGUGAAGACAGAGAUGAGGUGCAGGAGGCUGCUGGUGUGGAUGAUGAUGCCCCGCCCGCAGACGAGGCCAAGGGCAGCGCGUCGGCAGGAGCCCGGGCGGUGAGGACCGACUCGGCGCUGGAAAAGGUCAAGGUGUACCUGCGGAUCCGCCCGCUGCGUAAGGAGGAGCACGGCGGGAUGGGCGCAACGCCAUGCCUGGCGCAAGCGUCGUCGCAGCAAGUUGCUGUCGUUCCGCCGCCGGCGUCGCAGGCGUUCAAAUCCAAGGGCGAGCGACAGGGACGGUACAUCUUCACCAAGGUCUUUGGGCCUGAGACCGACCAGAAGACCAUGUUUGACCAGACAACACUCCCGCUCAUCGAAUCGUUUCUCUGGGGCUGCAACGGCCUUCUCUUUGCCUACGGCAUGACUGGCGCUGGCAAGACCCACACCAUGGAGGGAUCCAGGGCCGAGGCAGGGAUCAUCCCGCGGACGCUCGACGUCAUCUUCAACUCGAUCGACGGUCGUCAGUGCCUGACCAACGUUGUCCCGCACGAGUUUGGCUCACAGCGCAGGAAGGAAGGACCCCGGUCGAGUGCAGCACCACGGGUGGCCGACCGGUCGGCGCUCCCGAUCAACGACAACUGCUCGUACAGGGUCUUUCUCACCUACACCGAGAUCUACUGCGAGCUGAUGUACGACCUGCUCGCGCCGAUGCCCGAGCCGGUCAAUGGGCGGCCGCCAAAGCGCGAGGUCCUCAAGUUCCGCACCUCGCGUGAUGGCAUGCUCCGCACCCAGGCCGCACGCGAGGUCCAAGUCUGCUCGUGGGAGGAGGCCGCCGCGGUGCUCGCGGCCGGACAGGCGAACCGGCAGACAGCAGCAACGGUGCUCAACGUCGAGUCGUCGCGGUCGCAUGCAGUCCUCUGCAUCCGUCUCGAAGUAAUUCCGCUCGACGGCGACGACGAGCCGUACCUCGAUGAGCCUGAGCUUCUGGUCUCCAACUACCUCUCGUUCAUCGAUCUGGCCGGUUCAGAAAGGUACGCAAAGACGCAGGCGUCAGGUACGCGGCUGAAGGAAGCGUCAAACAUCAACACGUCGCUGAUGACGCUCGGCAAGUGCCUCGAGACGCUGCGGUGGAACCAGCAUCAUCCGCGGGCCAAGCCGCGGGUUGUCCCGUUCCGCGAGUCGAAGCUCACGCGGCUCUUCCGCGACUACUACUGCAAAGACGGCAAGGUGGUCAUGCUUGUCAACGUCUCGCCGGCGGCAGAUCACUUUGACGAGACUGCGCACGUGCUCAAGUUCUCGGCCAUUGCCCGCGACAUCACGACCGUCGCCGCCAAGUCGAAGAUCGACACCGGGCGGACUCGGGUCGUCAACCGUGCCAAGGCCAAAGCCAAGGCCGAAAUGAUUGCCAUGGCUCAGGCCAAGGCCAAGGCUGUCGCCCAAGCCAACGCUCUGGCGGCCGCCAUUGCCCAAGCUCGCCUCGAGUCGCCCGCGCUGUUUGCGGCCUCGCCGGUCCUGGCCAAGGUCCUCGAUGAGAAUAUCGAGCUCUCGGGAGGCGUUUCGCCAGCAACAGAAGCAAGCACGAGUAUGGCGCACUCGGAGUUUGCCACCUCGCUGCUCUCAAUUUCGGUUUCGGACUCGGACGACGAGCACGAGGCAAGCUGCCUCUCGUCGAGCAUGAGCGGAGUCGACGAGGAGCAAGACGACGAUAGCGCCGAGCUGGCCGACAUCCGCGACCUAGUGGAGGAGAUCCAGGAGCUGCGGAUGCAACUGAUCGAGUCAGAGGCGCGAGCGGCUCACAUGGAGGCUGAGAUUCGCGACGAAGUCUCGCGCGAGAUGGCGGCACGGCUUCAGGAGAUGCAGGCGGCGUACGAGGCGCAGAACGCAGUUCGCGGCGAGAUCCAGGAGGAAAAGUACGACCGCAGGCUCUCGAUCAUGAGGCGUUCAACUAUCCGUAAGCAGCAUGGGGCAUCAGCGGCUGAAGUCGACCGUCUGCGGCGCGAGCUCGACCACACCUGCGGCCUGCUCGACGACAUGCGGAGCGACCGCGACCGGCUCGCCGACGAGCUGGCAGCAGUGAAGGACGAGCUUGCCGAGGCUGCAGCUGCUGCGGCUGCGGCUGUCGGUCGUCGCGGGCUCGACGCGCUCUCACCGACGUCGACCAAGGCGGUCAACGAGCUCAUCGAGGACGAGGUGCUGCAGGCUGAGGCCAACGCUCGGAUGAAGAUCGAGUCGCUGGAGGCGGCGCUGGCCGCUGAGGAGGACCGGUCGCGGGCGGCGCUUGCCGACGCAGCUUCACUUCGCGACAAGCUACACAACAUGAUGGGAAAGACGGUUGAGCUCCAGCGCGAGCUUGUUCUGCUCCGCGACUCGUCACCGAUUGUUGGCCGGGUCUCCGCGGUUCCCGAGCUCCUCUCGCCGUCGGCCAUCGAGGAGCUCAAGCGACUCCGGUCACUCGAGGAGCGCAUCGCAUCGGUGCGCAAGCCGGCCACUCCGGGUUCUGACGUGGUUGGGCGGAUGGACGCCAUGCUUGCAUCAGGUUCGCUCAUGGACCUGGAGGCAACACCGUCGGGCCGGCGGCGAUGGCAGCUAUCGAGUCCGCACCUGAGCCAUGUGGGAAGUUUGAGCCCCAGCGUUGCCGCCGGCUCGAGUUCGUUUGCCAGCGUUGGCAUCUCGGAGACGGACGCGUUGGUUGAGGCCAUGGAUGCUAUGCUUGCAUCCGAGGGUUUGAGUGGUGGAGGCGGCAGUGGUGGCGCCGAUCUUGUUUCUGUCAACGACGAGUGUGAGGCCGAGACUGAGGCCGAGGUUGAGGCUGAAGCUGAGGCCGAGACUGAGGCCGAGGUUGAGGCUGAAGCUGAGGCCGAGACUGAGGCCGAGGUUGAGGCUGAAGCUGAGGCCGAGGUUGAGGCUGAAGCUGAGGCUGUUGUCAACGACGAGAACUCGAUGCUCACCAGCAACGUUUCGGUCGCCAGCGCAGCAAGCGAGGCUACUCUCAAGAGGCGGCGGGACGACAGCGAGGCAGGCUCGCCCGUCUCGGGUGCCUCGGCAGGCUCGCCAAUCUCGGUCGCCUCAGGCUCAAUUAUUCUCGACGGCUCAACCUCGAUCGCGCUCGACGGCUCGUCCAUGAUCUCGCCGUCGUCGUCCGAGUUUGUACCGUCCGAGUCGUCGUGGGCAGAGUCGUCGGCGAGUGGGCAGAGAGGCAAGGGCAGUGGCGAGCCAUCGUUCGACGUCUUUGACUUUGUGGAGGAGGAAGAUCAGGUUCCGUUUGCCCCGCCGGCAAAGAAGGCGCGGCGCGGGCGCGGGCGUGGGCGUGGGCGCGGAGCCAAGGUCGAGGUUGCAGCUGAUGACUCGCCGCUUGUGGAGCGGACGCCCAUGGUGCGGCGGUUGCGACCGCGGCGGUGAGGCCCCGAGAUUAGAGGAUAAACCCCUAGCGG